AUGUCAGACAGUGAAUCUACAGCAGCGGACGGUUCCGAGGCCGCGACUCCUUCACCAGCCGCACCUGACGUCGCCCCCGACGUGGCUCCGACCCGGAAAGCCAGGAGGAGACCCGACGCCGCAGCGCCGGCCGAGGCGGAGGGGGCGCCGACGGCGGAGCCGCCGGCACAGACAUCCAGUGAGUCCACUGUGUCUCAAGGUGGUUGGGGAUACUGGGGCAGCUGGGGGAAAUCCAUCUUAUCCACAGCAACAGCUACUGUGGCCACUGUGGGACAAGGCCUCACCCAGGUAAUAGAGAAGGCUGAGACCUCGCUGGGAAUCCCCAGUCCGACAGAACUGUCAGCGCAGGUGGAGGAAGAAGAACAGCAGGGUGAUGACAGCAGUAAGACAGACACACUCGCAGCAGACGGCUCAUCUACAGUGGGAAGUGCAAUGGGAAUGCUGUCAUCGCUGUCCAGUGUCGUCCAGAGCACAGGUAAGACGGUGUUGAGCGGCGGCCUGGACGCUCUGGAGUUCAUUGGAAAGAAGACGAUGGAUGUGAUAGCAGAAGGUGACCCCGGCUUUAAGAAGACAAAAGGAUUGAUGAACAGGAACGCUACUCUCUCUCAGGUGCUGCGGGAGGCGAAGGAGCGAGAGGAGCUGCAGUCAGCGGAGAAAGAGUCAUCAGAUUGUGAGAAGAGGGUGGUUGCUCACUAUGGGAUGCUGUUCGACGAGUUUCAGGGUCUGUCACAUCUAGAGGCUCUGGAGAUUCUGUCUCGGGAGAGUGAGUCCAAGGUGAAAUCAGUGCUCAUGACGCUCUCGGGCAAUGAGCUGGUUGAGCUCAGAGACGAGCUUGAUCAAAUUAAGGAUUCAUUCUCACUGGUGGAGUUUGACGAUGAGGAUGUUGAUGAAAGUAAAGAUGAAGAUGGCACCGAGUUUGAGAAAGAGGUAACAGAGGCUUUGGAGCAGCUCAGUGUCUCAUUCACGGCAGACAAACUCAGCACGGCCUGUAAGACUGCCUGCAGCCAGAUCAAUGACAUGAGCCAGACGGACAAGAAGGAGGACGAGGGUGAAGAGGAAGCCAGGAAACCCGUGUCUGUGGAGGAGGUUCAUGCUGCAGCCAUCAGGAGCCUGGCUGAACUGACUGCUCGGUCCAUUGAGCUUUUCCACAAAUUGUCUGAGCUGAUUCUUUUCUCCAGCAGCAGUGCAGACCCCAGCGUCCUGUCACAGUUGGUGGUUGUUUUGUGUAAAGAAGUCUCACUGCUCUCCAAGAAGUUCACCACCUGCUUAGCAGCCGCAGGCUUAAAUGAGAAGGGAGACAUCCUCAACCCGCUCAUAACAGGAGUCUUUUUAGAGGCAUCCAACAGCGCUUCCUACAUCCAGGACGCCUUCCAGCUGCUGAUGCCCAUCCUGGAGAUAUCACACAUCCAGAAGAGAGCAGAAUCCACACAGCAUAAAUUGAUAUUAUUUGAUUCCAUGGGGGAGGGAAAAUUCAAUUGUUAAAGCAGCUACAAGAAACAGUAAGAUGAAAAAAAGAAAUAGAAAAUGUGCAUAAAAAAUGUACAAUUCACACAUAAAAUGUGGGAUUUUUAUAUUAAUGUCAAGCACUUUGCUGUUUUGCUAUUGUACCUUCCAAAUUUCAGGUUUGGUAACCACCAACCCUCAUCCAACCAGGGAGACCUCCUCUCACCGUCCCACAAUAAGAAAUAUACAAAUACAGGAUCAGCGUGUGGAUGGCUUUAAGUUUCUCUCCUUCUUGCGUUUAAACUAAAGUGCUUAUUUAUGCCAUGAAGAUGUUUCUAUGCUUCUGAUAGUUGUUGAACUGUGUUGUGGACGUGUCAAACAGUACUGUACUUACAGAAGUCUGAAGGAACAUGACAUGGCCUUUUUGUCAUAAUUAAAAUAUCUAAAAACUG